AUGGCCGAAACACAGCUCAGCGAUUUCCCCUCUCUCUUCUCCCUAAAGGGCAAGGUCGCCGUCGUGACCGGUGGCUCCCGUGGCCUCGGUCUGCACGCCGCCUCAGCCUUCCUCCAAGCGGGCGCCUCCAAAGUCUUCAUCUCCUCCCGCAAGGGCGCUGCCUGCGAAGAGGCCUGCAAAGCCCUCAACGCCCUUCCGAACCUCAGCCCCGGCGCUGUCGCAAUCCCGAUCCCAGCCGACGCGGCCUCGAUCAAGGGCGUCGAGCACCUCGUCGCCGAGGUAAAGAAGCACGCGGACCACGUCGACAUUUUGUUCGCCAACGCGGGCGCCACGUGGGGCGAGGCGUUUGAUACGCACCCAGACGAGGCUUUCGCCAAGGUCAUGGACCUUAAUGUCAAGGGCGUGUUUAAUACCAUUCGGCUAUUUACGCCGCUGCUCGAAAAGAGCGUGGCUGCGAACAAGGGUGGGGAGCCCGCCAAAGUCAUCAUUACCGCGUCCGUUGCCGGGCUGGGCAUCGGGACGCUGGGGAAGCAGGGGACGUAUGGGUACAGCGCCAGCAAGGCAGCCGUGAUUCAUCUGGGACGGAACCUUGCGCUGGAGCUGGCGCCGAGAGGAAUCACGGUCAACUCCAUCGCGCCCGGGUUCUUCCCCAGCAAGAUGUCGAAUGGUUUGCUCGAGUUGGGCGGCGGGGCGGACAAGAUUGGCAAGGGGAACCCGAUGGGGAGACUGGGACGGCCGGAGGAUAUUGCUGGUGCGGUGGUAUACCUCGCCAGUCGGGCUGGUUCGCACGUCAAUGGGGAGGUUAUUGCUAUUGAUGGCGGGUCGUUGUGGCAGCGGGGGGAACUGAAUGUGCCCAGCAAAUUGUAA